AUUUGUGGUUUGUUGAUGCAUGGAGAUGUUAGUAACAAGGAGAUUAUUAUGCAUACCAAGGUACCUUCAUCAAGAAGGAUCUUUAAGCAAACCUUUGACAUCACUGAGGCUUCUUUUGUCAUAUUCUUAUAUUCUAAUGGUCCUGGGAAGAAGUCAAAAGCUACUCCUUUGCAGGAGAGGCGAAUGAUUGACCGCUUUAGGUUGCAUGUCAAAGGAGGCGAUGGUGGAAGUGGCAAUGCCAGCUUGCAUCGUAGUCGAAAUGAUCGCUUUGGCAAGCCUGAUGGUGGGAACGGUGGAAGAGGUGGUGAUGUGAUUCUACGGUGCACAUCUGCAGUUUGGGAUUUCCGUUGUCUACAGCAUCAUAUUAUUGGGGAAAGAGGUGGGCAUGGCGCCUCAAAGAAUAAGAUUGGUAACCGUGGAAAAGACAAGGUUGUGCAAGUACCUGUUGGUACUGUUAUCCAUUUGGUGGAGGGAGAAAUACCUUCAACAGUUGAGAAACCAUCUUCUGGUGGGUCUAACCCUUGGGAUAUUCCAGGUACCAUUACUUCUGAUUUCCUUGCAUCUGAUCAGAUGUCGACUUCUAGUUCACGAGAAUCAGAAAUAGAUCAGGCAGAGGAUAGGUCUCAUGUUUCAUCCUCUAAUAAGAGUGGUAUUUCCGAGUGUUAUGCUUCUCCUGGAUCAUCUAUUAAACAUUGCUCUCCCACUUCUCAUUCACAUGGUAAAUUAAUAUCAAAACGUGGCAAGAAUGUAUGUUACUCGAACUAUGCUUUCACAAAUGAAUCAGCUGAGGAUGAUGAUCUAGAAAUUGACAGUGGUAUGUCUGAGGAAGAGUUGAAAGAAGAUGGGGUAGAAAUUCAAUAUAAUUUUGCUCAAUUGACCGAAGAAAGGCAACAAAUAGUGGUUGCUCAGGGUGAUGAAGGUGGUUUAGGCAGUGUGUCAUCUGGGAGACACAAUAAAAAGACCCUAAAAGAUACAAGUCACGGUAAUGGCAGAAAUGAUAACCAAGGGAAUUUUGAUAAUGAUCAUCAACCUGAUAUAAGACUUGGUUUGUCCGGGUCACAGGCUAGUUUGAUUCUAGAGCUCAAAAGUAUUGCUGACAUCGGCCUUGUCGGAAUGCCUAAUGCUGGUAAAAGCACUCUUCUGGGUGCGAUUUCUAGGGCCAAACCUGUUGUAGGUAAUUAUGCCUUUACAACCUUGAGACCAAAUAUCGGAAAGUUAAACUAUGAUGAACUCUCAAUAUCGGUGGCCGACAUCCCGGAACUUAUUAAGGGUGCUCACGAGAAUCGUGGUCUUGGGCAUGCGUUCUUGCGACAUAUUGAAAGUACAAAAGUCCUAGCAUAUGUGAUUGAUUUAGCUGCGGCACUUAAUGGCCGCAAAGGAAUUCCACCAUGGGAGCAACUUAAAGAUUUGGUCAUAGAGUUGGAGCAUUACCAAGAAGGUUUAUCAGAUCGUCCAUCUUUAGUAGUUGCGAAUAAAAUUGACGAGGAUGGUGCAGAGCAUGUUUUAGAAGAGCUACGGAGAAGGGUGCACGACAUUCCUAUCUACCCAGUAUGUGCAGUUUUGGAGGAGGGAAUACCGGACCUAAAAACUGGCUUAAAACUUCUUGUUAAUGGCGGAGAAAUGUCUAGAUUGAGAUUAGAUAAUAUAUUAGUAGAUUAGUUAUAUCUGAUUUGG